UCAAGCGCAGAAAAAUCCGGCACUUUUGCUUAUAUUUUGUUUACAACGCGUUUCAGAUUUUACAUAUGCAUCGUAUGGGAAUCAUAUUGCAUAAAAUAAAAUUGCAUUAACAUUCCGAAACACAUAUUUCACGGUAUUGUACAGUCAUUAAAUUAUUGAGAUUAUUUUAAUCUAAGUCGUGACAUUUAGAAAUAAUCCCGCUAAAAUUCGUUAGUCGCAGAGAUUAAGAUUAUGUGUCGAUUUUGCACCUGCCAACUAUCAAAAGCAGAACUCGGUAAGAAAUGUGCUUACAAGAAAAACAAUAUAGAACAAGAUGUUCUUUGGAAUACAAACGGAAACUUUGUUGAUUAUCAACAAUCAGAUAUAUUGCGGCCAAAAGACACUGGUUUACCCGUAAUAGUUGACGGAAAACAUUUGCAAAGUUCUGAAAGUCGCCUUUUCUGUCCAAUGUAUUGGAGUUUGGUUCCAUCAUGGUUUAAGGGUGAUUUGCACGAGUGGCAAGCUACAACGCAUAAUGCUCGCGUUGAAAAUCUCAAUCAAAGCAAAAUUUAUUCAGCGUCAGUGAAUGAAGGCAAACGUUGUGUUGUAGUAAUGGAAGGCUUUUUUGAGUUCAAAAAAACUGGACAAGGGCCAGCUGAAGUGUAUUUUCUUCAGUCUCCAGACAACAAUUUGUUGAAAGCUGCAGGUCUCUUCAGUACUGUGAAAACUAAAAAGGGAGUAACUUUGAAUACCUGUACAGUAAUAACAACAGAAGCAGAAAAUGAUGUCAAGCAAGUUCAUCAUAGAGUUCCUUUAUUGCUUCGUGAUGACUCUGAUGUUGAGGCUUGGCUAAACUUCAAAACAGUUUCAUCAUCAGAUGCAAUAUUCAAAAUAAAAAACAACAAACAACUUGAUUUAAAGUUUCACAAAACUUCUAAAAUUGGCUCUAGAGAACCAGCUGAAGUAGGCUUUAAGAAAAAAAUAUUAGGAUCAAGAAGUGUAAUGUCAAACUGGCUUAACUCUGGAUCUGGCAAAGGCGUUAAACGUAAAGCAGAAGAUUAAGUUUUACUUUAUAACAAAACCUAAUCUUUUUACUUGAGAUUGUUAGAAUUCUUGGAAAUUCGUCUCUUAUACAAAGCUAGUACUCGUUAUUAAUAAUUUAUGUAAUUUUUAAGUAACUGUUUUUGUACUCAUUUGUAAAAUUUCGCUCAAUAAAACGUAUAUUUCUAGGAAAUGUAAAGGGAUUUUUAUCAAGAUAAUAAAUGCACACUUAAAUGAAAUCGAAAAAAAAUUUUUAUUCUCUUUCUCCACCAAAAAAGACAAAUAUAUCGUUUAAUUGACAAUGAUAAGACAUCGAAAGUAAACGGAAGAGAAAAAAAGAAACUUAUAAUUGAAUUAUUAAUAAUAAAAACGCGAAACGAAUGACAAAGAAAAAAAAUAACUUCGAAAAAAAAGGCAAAGU